CGCCCCGCAGGCGGCCGGGAAAGCCGCGCGCGCAGCGGGCUCCAGUCAGUCCGCCCGCUGGCCCGGCUCCGCGGACCCACGCGUGGUUGCCAUGGUGGCGGUUGCCGCAGCGACGAGGUGGCGGCGGCUGCUGCUGGUGCUGAGCGCCGUGGGGCUGGGGGCUGCGAGCGCCCCACAGCCCCCCAAUAUCCUGCUGCUGCUCAUGGACGACAUGGGGUGGGGCGACCUGGGGGUGUACGGAGAACCUUCCAGAGAGACGCCGAAUUUGGACCGGAUGGCCGCAGAAGGGAUGCUGUUCCCAAACUUCUAUUCCGCCAACCCUCUGUGCUCACCGUCCAGGGCAGCUCUGCUCACGGGACGGCUGCCCAUCCGCAACGGCUUCUACACCACCAACGCCCACGCCAGAAACGCAUACACGCCGCAGGAGAUUGUGGGCGGCAUCCCGGACUCGGAACUCCUCCUGCCUAAGCUGCUGAAGGAGGCCGGCUACGCCAGCAAGAUCGUCGGCAAGUGGCACCUGGGCCACAGGCCCCAGUUCCACCCGCUGAAGCACGGAUUCGACGAGUGGUUCGGGUCCCCCAACUGCCACUUUGGACCUUACGACAACAGGGCCAGGCCCAACAUCCCCGUGUACCGGGACCGGGAGAUGGUCGGCAGGUUUUACGAAGAAUUUCCAAUAAACCUGAAGACGGGGGAGGCGAACCUCACGCAGAUCUACUUACAGGAAGCCCUGGACUUCAUCAAGAGGCAGCAGGCCAGGCAACGCCCCUUCUUCCUCUACUGGGCCAUCGACGCCACACACGCACCUGUUUAUGCUUCUAAACCUUUCCUGGGUACCAGUCGGCGAGGGCGGUAUGGGGACGCCGUCCGGGAGAUCGACGACAGCGUCGGGAAGAUUCUGGGCCUGCUGGGGGACCUGAGCCUCAGGGACAACACGUUUGUCUUCUUCACCUCCGACAACGGCGCCGCCCUCGUGUCCGCUCCCAGACAAGGUGGCAGUAACGGUCCCUUUCUGUGUGGGAAGCAGACCACAUUCGAAGGCGGGAUGCGGGAGCCAGCCAUUGCGUGGUGGCCGGGACACCUGCGAGCGGGGCCUGUGAGCUACCAGCUGGGCAGCGUCAUGGACCUCUUCACCACCAGCCUGUCCCUCGCGGGCCUGAAGCCACCCGGCGACAGGGCCAUCGACGGGCUCGACCUCCUCCCCGCCAUGCUGCAGGGCCGGCUGACUGACAGGCCAAUAUUCUAUUACCGUGGCAACACGCUGAUGGCGGUCACUCUCGGCCAGUACAAGGCUCACUUCUGGACUUGGACCAACUCCUGGGAGGAGUUCAGACGGGGCGUGGACUUCUGCCCCGGCCAGAACGUCUCCGGAGUAACGACGCACACCCAGGAGGAGCACACGGAGCUGCCCCUAAUCUUCCACCUGGGCCGGGACCCGGGGGAGAGGUUCCCGCUCCGCUUUGACAGCGCCGAGUACCUGGACGCCCUUGGCAGGAUCAGCCCCGUUGUCCGGCAGCACCAGGGGGCCUUGGUCCCCGGUCAGCCCCAGCUCAACAUGUGCGAUCGGGCGGUCAUGAACUGGGCGCCCCCAGGCUGUGAGAAGUUGGGCAAGUGUCUGACGCCGCCGGAGCCUGCCCCGGAGAAGUGCUCUUGGCCCCACUAGGUCUGCUUGGACCCAGGGAUCUGCAGUUGGCCCUGCAAGUGCCUGGGGGCAGGAAGGCUCUGGCCACAGGGCUCCAGUUGGGAAAGUCCCAAGGGCCUUUGUCCCUGCCUGCGCCAGACGGCACUGCGGCCAGCAGCGGGACCUGCACAGCUACACCUGCCCUGGCUCUGCUCGCCCAACCCACAGGCCCCAGGCCCCAGGCCCCAG